AUGAAUAAUUUCGAACACGAAAAUCCCGGUCAGAGCAUAUUUCAAGGCUCUGAUUUGGCCAGUAUUCAGGUGAACAAUAACUUCCAAGAUGACAAUGAAGAUCAUUUGGAUGUACAAAGACUCGAUCAAGAGCUCAAAAUAGAAUUGGAUGAAGUUUUUAAUGAAAGUGGAGCUAAUAUGAGUGUUAUCAGUUCAAGCCAUUGUAGUGAUGCCUCCGAAGAGGAGCUUGAAAGUAAUGAAAGUCACUCUGGAUCUAUUCACAAAUCAAAGAGAAAAAAAGCAUCAAUACUUUCUAACCCAGCUUUUCAACAUUUACAACAUUAUAUGAAUACAAACUUUCAACCUGAUUUCCAUAGAGAUGGCUCAUAUCCAUCACCCAUACCACAAUAUAAUCCCCAAGUUAAAAGUGAUAAACAUAUCACUUCUAAGGAUGCUGCAAAAAAUGUUAGCAAACAAUAUGUUUAUGAAGGAAUGUCAAAUGAAACUAAUUAUGAAACGUUACAAGCUCUGUAUGAAAUGAGACGUAGUGAAGUAAAUAGAUUAGAAAAAGAAUUAUCUGAGUAUAAAAUGCAAGCAGAUGCAGAAAUUGAUAAUCUUCGUAAAAAUUUGUUAAUCAAUGAAUCCGAAGGUCAAAGAACAGUCAUGGAGUAUCAGCGUCAGUGUGAGAAUCUUAAAGAAAAUAUUGAACAUUUGGAAAAUCAAAAUUUAACUUUGAAACAUAAUAUAGAAACAAAAGAUACAAUAAAUUCCAAGUUAACUAAAGAACUUGAAACAAUUCGUAUUAAUAUGAAAACUCUUGAAGAACAACUUACUAACCUCUCGCGUAAUAAUGGUUCAAGGCAAUAUGAUACAAAUGUGGACUGCAUUAUAAAUGAUUUGAAAAAAAAGCAUAAUCAAGAAGUUGUAAAUUUACAGAACCAAUACAAAAGUGUUAUAGAACAAAUACGUUUUAAAGAUCGUCAUUGUACAUUGUUAACAAAUGAGUUAAAAAAACUGCAACAAGAACACCAUCGCAUUAUAUCAGAAAAUAAUGAUUUGAUUUGUAAUCUAAAAAAAGAAUUAAAUGCAGCACAACAAAAUAAGCUAUCAAUUUCCAAUAACUAUGAUCACAUUUUAAAUUUAAACAGUCAACUUAGCGAAUGUUCCAAACAAAAUCAACAGCUAAAUAAUACAUUACAAAGGCUAACAGUUGAAAAUGAGAAACUUCAUACAAGUUUGAAUGAUUCACAUGUUGGCAAUGAAUUGCGCAAUAUUAAUGAUGGAAGUCAAUUAGAAGAAGAUUAUCAGAAAAAUUUAGAAUUGUUACAAAAACAAAGAGACGAUGUAAAAAAAUUAACAGAAAUGUUAAAUGUUAAAAAUAGAAGUAUUGCUGAAUUGGAAAAGAAAGAAAUAACAUACCAACAUUGUAUACGUAAAAUACAGUCAGAAUUAGAGAAAUAUUCUCGUGAUAAAAGCCAAAUUGGUGAACAUUCUAAUGAUUGUGAAACGCUUCGAAAUGCUUUAGAACUGCAACUAGAAGAUACCAUGUGUAAGCUAAUUCGAACAGAAGAAAUGGCUUCACUUUCAAAACAAAUGAUUGAAAGUGAUAAGGUAAUAAACAAUAAUUCAAUUGAAGAAUAUAUGCAUUACCAUGAGUCAUCAUUAGAGAAUAUUUCAAAACAAAAAGAUGAAGAAAUAGAAAAACUUAAAAAUCGAAUGGAAGAAUAUGUAAAGGAGAUUGAUGAACUAAAACAGCUUUAUGUUAAAGUAUGUUCAGAGAAAGAACAUAGUUUAAAUGAAAAAGAACGAUUAGAAAAACGUUUUGAUGAAUUAUCUUCUCAAUUUGAAACACUAGAUAAACAAUACAGUACCCUAGUGAAAGAAAAAGAAGAAUUGGCUAUCAAUUUAAUAAGUAUGAAAAAAGAAAUGAGCGAUGAUCAAGGUUCUUUUCAAAAACAAUCAUUAAUAAAAGAAAUUGAAGAUUUAAAAAAUGAGUUAUCGCUGCAUAAACGUCAAAAAGAGAUGAUUGCUAAAUUAAAAAUUGAUUUGUUGCAAUCGAAAGAAAGAGUAUUGUCUUUGGAACAACGAUUACAAUCAGAGUGUAAUUCUAAAGUGGCUACUUAUUGUGAACAGCUAGAAAAUUUAAAAAAACAAUAUGAGGAAAAGGUUGAUGAAUUAAAACAAGCAAAAGAUAUAAUUUGUAAGCUUACCAAUUCUGAUUUACAAACGUCUUGUAAAGUAAACAAUGAUGAAAAAACUUUAAGGUCAAAAUUAUCGGAUUAUGAAAAUUCACUGUCUAAUAUAGAAAGGAAACACAAACUUGCAAUGAAUGAAAUGACAUUCAAGUACAAAAAUGAAUUAGACGAGUUAGAGAUGAUUUACAAUAAAAAAUUUAAUGAGGAAAAAAUUGCAUGUGGUAAAAUAAUUGAAGAUCUAAAGUGUAAACAUAAGAUUGAGAUAGAGACAUUAAACACCGUAGCAAAACAGAAUGCAGAUGACUAUGCAAAACAGGAAAUGAUACAAAUUGUUGCCCAUCAUCAAGAACAGUUUGAAAAAGCUAAAGAGAUUGUUACAUUAAAAAAUAAUCUUAUCAAAGAACUUGAAAUGAAAUUAGAAAACGCCAAAAUAGAAAUUUCAAAUAAGACUCGUCAGUAUGAACAAUUCAAAGAAAUGCACUCUAGUUCUACAAACAUGAAUCAGCUGAAACAACAAAUUGAAGAGGAAAGAUCAAAAUUUGCACAAAUAAUGACCAAUUGGUCCCAAGAGAUGCGUCAAAUGAAAGAUAAAUUAUCUACAACAGUAUCUGAAUGGGAGAAGUUACAGGCAAAGUAUGCAAAAGUGAAACAUGCUGCACUGGGCUAUAAACAUGCCAAUCAAAAACAACAUCUAGUUUACAAUGAAUUAUUGGUGAACUGUGUUCGUUUCCUAGAUGAACUCAAAACUAAAACUGAUGAGCUGUUGACACACAGAGAAAAUGAAAUCCAACAAGCUCUUGAGGAAUUUGAAAAUGAUUGCAAACAAAGACGCUUGGCGUUCAGUAAUGUUAAUAAAUUAUCAAGUUUUAACACUAGUUGAUCUGCGAGAGCAAUCAUCUUGUAUAAAUGAUUUUAUAUGUUUUUUUAUUUCCUAACCUUUAUGUUAAUAAUUUUUUUUUAAUUCAUCAUUUUUGUAAUUAUUUUUAUUAAACAUUAAAAA